GCAUAUGGUACAUUACAGGAGUUCUCAUGGUUUUUGUCUUACUGUGCUCCUCGUAUCCGUUCUCCUGAGAUUAUUUGAGCACGUGUUUUCUCUUCGGUGUUGUGAGGGCGCUCUCAAGGAAAUCGCAAUAGCUCCCUACAGUCACCCUAUCUCCAAGUUCGGCGAGUACGUGGUUAUGCACUUUGGCGAGGUCAUCUCUUAGAUCCGAGCCCUUUGGUUCCGCCGAUCACAAAUGGCUCUCGAUUACUACGUAGCGAAUGAUUCUUUUCGUCGUUGUGUAGGUUGUGGGCACUGCAGUUCACUUCAGAAACGUCACGGUGUAUGCUAAAGUAUCAAGGGACUUUCCAGAGGUAGUGGAACCACAAGUUUCCUCUCCGACCUUCUACUUUCGAAAGUUAUCUCCCGACCAUAGCGACGCAAGCGCGUAGUGAAGUCUAGCUAUAACGAGGUUACGACUUAUUCCAACCUUUACUUUCUAAAUUCGACUGAAGUAUUUACACCAGUUCCGGUACCGCAAUCGGUGAGGCGAUUAUAUUAGAACAUAUCUUGUCAAUGUAUCAAAUGAAGAAGUACGUAAGCCCUGGAUUGAGUUCACACAUGCAUCAGCAAAUUAUGCUCCUUGAAGACAGAGGCCCAUCUAUGUACGCUUCCCCAAUGUCUGGCGAUUUGAGCCCUACAGACCCUAAGCCUCGGCUUCGAUGGACUCCCGAGCUGCACGAGCGUUUUGUGGAUGCUGUAAACCAGCUAGGUGGCGCUGACAAGGCAACACCAAAAUCCGUGAUGCGAGUGAUGAGCGUCAAGGGCCUCACACUUUAUCAUCUAAAAAGCCAUCUGCAAAAGUUCAGGCUUGGGAAGCACAUGCAGAGAGAGUCCCAUGAAGCGAUAAAAAAUGCUGCUCACGGUUCUUCACACCUGAAAGGGUCGUCGUCUGACAGUAAACUCUCACCUGCAAACCUACCGAAUCCCCAAGGUAAGUAUGUUAACGUAAAUGAAGCUCUACAGCUUCAAAUGGCUGCCCAAAUUCGACUGCAAGAGCAGCUCGAGGUUCAAAAACAACUCCAACAGCGGAUCGAGGAGCAGGGGAAGUAUUUACAAUCCAUCUUGGAGAAGGCGAAAGAAACUCUAGCAGACCACACUUCGACAUCUCCAGUCCUGAAAUUAGCCCAUGAAGAGCUCACGGAACUUGCUUCCAAAGUCAUUGAUUAUGAAAUUCCAAAACCAGCUUUUGAAUCCAUCAAGUUGCCAGGUUUGAACCCUCCUGAGCUAUCCCAGAAGCAUGGUUCCGCUGACACUCAAGCUGUUAUCACACCUGCUGCCCAUAACCUGCGGCAGCAGCAGCAGUCACACUGUAUACAGUCAGGGGCCUCGUCCCAGAAGUCUUUCCUAUCGAAUCUCCCUGCAGACCAGGAUGACAGUGGGGACGAACACCAGGCCGUUACAGAAAGAGUUAGCAACAGUUCCAGUCAAGGAGCGUUCAUGGUGGAGAAAGGCGUCUCAGGUUCAGCCUUCGAGAGGCCUCCAGCAAGCAAAACUUCCAUCCUCGCAGACCACCGCGACACUACCACCACCACCACCACCAGCGCAAGCACAGGAGGCUACACUUGGCCCUCUGCUGCGGCGUGUCACGGCACAUUUCAGGCGGCGGCGCAGAGCCGAAAGGUGACAUCAUCCGCGUGUGUGAAGUCGGAAGGAUCCCCACUCGAUCUAAACGGCAACAACAAUAACAACACAGGUGGGCUGGAUCUGAACGCCUUCGGCUGGGAGCAGCAGCAACAGCAGCAACAACGUUGAUGCAACAGUUCUCCAGCACCUGAUCCUCCUCUUUUCCUUCAUUCCAAUGCCAUGCUAUGCAACACAAUCCUGUCUUACUCUCUUUUGCUUCUCACCUUCACAACCUAUUCCUUCGCAAUUUUUUCAGCAGCUAAAUCUGUUGUCCAACUCAUGAAAACCUGGACUCAGGCUGGAUUGCAGCAGCACCACCACCAUCACCCUCCUUCUCCUUCUCCUUCUCCUGCUUUUUUCACCCACUUCACUUCACUAGGCAUGUCACAAAUAAACAUGGUCUGAUUCCAAAGGGGAUUCAUGCAUGUUUCCACCACACUGGCCCAUCCGAUUGCUUUGUAGUCUUUUGUGCUUUUUUGUAUUCUAGGAUACCCAAUUGUCCGAGGUGGUCGUGGGAGCCUUCUCUUCGAAACAACGUAGAAGAUUGGUAGGGAAACUCGUAGCUGGGCUACACCUUUGCCUUUUAAAAAAGUUUUUUCUUUUCCUUUAUAUUUAUAUAUACAUAUAUAUAUAUAUAUAUAUAUAUAUAUGCUCUCAUGACUCGUUAAAUUGUGAAUAUUGUCAUGUGGCUGUUAAAUGUAUGUACCAGAUGUCUGGAAAAAGGAUAAUAAAACUGUUGCUAAAUGCAA